CAUGCUGUGUUUUUGGGAUGUGGUGAGGGCAUGGGGCCCUUCUUUUCUUCCUGCCCUACAUAGCAAGGCUGGCCUGGCACUGGCUGUGCUCCGGGCGGGGGGCCAGUGGCCCCAUGUCCCUGCAGGCUGUCUGUGCUGUCCCCAGCCUGCCUGGCACACGGGUGCACGUGGCAGCCACCUCCUGUCCCAUGUCACAAGCGUGGGGGUCUCAGCUGUGUCCCCACCUAUCACAGGCAUGGGAGGUCUCAGCCUGGUCCACAUAUGUCACCAUCAUGAGGUCUCAGCAGCUGUGUCCCCUGGUGUAAUGAGUGCAGGGGGUCUCAGCUAUAUCCCCUCUUGUCGUGAGUGUUGAGAGGGGUCUCAUCUGUGUCCCUGUGUCACUGGUGUAGCAAUCUCCCUUGUGUCCCUGCUUGUAACGAGUGGAGGGGAUCUCAGUUGUGUCCCCACAUGUCACGAGUGUGAUGGAUCUCAAUCCCCACGUGUCGUGACGAGCUCAGCAGCCAGAUCACUGCAUGUCGCCAUCACAGGGAUCUCCGCAGCAUUGCCCCCACUUGUGUCAUGAGCGUAGGGGGCUCAGCAGUAUUGUUCCCACAUGUUAGGAGUAUAAUGGAUCUCAGCCACAUGUUACAAGCAUGCAGGUCUCAACUGCGUCCCCACGUGUGACCAGCACAGGGGUCUCAGCAGCAAGGUCCCCAAAUGUCACAAAUGCGCAGGGUCUCUGUGACCACAAAUCCCUUCCCCACCUCCUUGCUGGCAUUCUAUCCCCAAGCACUGUCAGCGCCCGUGUCCUCCCCUGCCCCUGCCAUUGCCGGGGCCCCACGGUUGGCAGCGACCUCUGUCCCUGGGCAGGGCUGGCCGCGGGUGCCCACGGCAUCACGUGGAGCUGCACCAGCACAGCCACGGCCAGAGGCCGCCGGAGCCGCGCCGAGAGCAGCCACGGCACUGAGGUACGGACAGAUGGACGGGAGGGCUUGGGGUGCUGCUGGGAUGGCCUUGGUGGGAGCCUGUGGGGAAACUGAGGCACGGGGCACUCCUUGAGGGGCAUCAACCUCUGCCACUACUCCUGCAGGGACAGGGAGAACCCCAUCGCAGUGCCAGGUGGCACUGUCUCUGUGUCCCUGACCCCAGGUCCUGGGCCCGGCUGUCCCACUGUCCCAGUCCUAUAGGUCCUGGUCCCAUAGGUCUAUGUUCCGGGUGUCCAACUCCCAGACACUCCUGUUCGUUGUGUCCCUAUCCCAGAUUUCCCUGUCCCAGAUGUCCCCCGUGUCCCUGUUCCUAUUAUCUUAGGUAUUCCUGUCCCAGGUGCCCCUCUAACCUCUAGAUGUCCCUGUCCCAACUCUCCCUGUCCCCAGGUGUCUCUGUUCCAAGUGUCCCAACUGUGCCUGUCUCCUUGUGUCUCAGUCCCAGGUGUCCCUGUCCCCAGGUGUCACAGACUCAAGUGUCCCUGUCCCAGAUGACUGAGGUGUUCCAUGUGUCCUGGCAUCAGAAAUCCCAGUCCCAGGUGUCCCUGUCUGCAAGUGUCCCUGUUUCCAAUGUCCCAGCUGUUCCUGUCUCCAGGUGUCCCUGACCCAGGUGACCCAGGUGUCUCUGUUCCCUUAUAUCCCCAUUCCUGGUGUCCUUGUUCCAGGUGUGCUGUCCCUAGGUAUCCCUGUUCCUAAUCCCAGCUGUUGCUGUCCCCAGGUAUCCUAGACCCAAGUGCCCCUGACCCAGAUGUUCCUACUCCUGUUAUCCCAUGUGUCCUCAUCCCACAUAUCCUGACCCAGGUGUUCCAGUCCCAUGUGUCCCUACUCCCAGUAUCCCACAUGUUCUUGUCUCAGGUGCCCUAUCACCCAGAGUCCUCAUUCCCAACCUUCCAGGUCACCCAGGUGUUCCAGGUGUCCCAGCAUCAGGAGUCCCUAUGCCCCAGCAUCCCAGGUUUCCCACAACGUCCCAAGUGUCCCUGACCCAGGUGUUCCAGGUGUCCCAACAUCACAUCCCUAUCCCUCAUUGUCCCUGUUCUCAGUCUUCCAGGUGUCCCUGUCCCUGGGUGUCCCAGUGCCACAGCUGUUCUUAUCUCCUAGUAUCCCAGAUCCAGGUGUCCUGACCCAGCACUCCCCUCCCCACUCCCUCAGCUUGCAAGUCGAGAGAGGUGACCAGCCACCCCGGAACGCCCUCAAAAAGUCUCUCCAGAAGAGUGGCCAUGUGGUUGGGUGCCCACCUGGACACGCUGCCCACCCCAGCACUGACCAUCGACCGCACCACGGCGCGUCGCAACGCUGAGCGCAUGCGGGAGCACUGCCGGACCCUGGGCGUCCGCCUGCGACCCCACGUCAAGACCCACAAGACGCUGGAAGGCGGUUUGUUGGCCACCGGCGGCACACGGCGCGGCAUCGCCGUCUCCACCUUGGCCGAAGCGCGGUUCUUUGCGGAUGGUGGCUUUGAUGACAUCCUGCUGGCCUACCCCUUGCCCACCGCACGGCUGGAGGAGUGUGCAGGGCUGGCACAGCGCCUCGAAGCCUUCCACGUGCUGCUGGAUCGCCCCGAGGCGCUGGCCAGCCUGCGGCAGCGGCCACUGGCCCAUGGCAAACGCUGGCUCGUCUGGCUGAAGCUCGACUGCGGCAACGGCAGAGCUGGUGUACGCCCAAUGGACCCCGCUGCCCUGGAGCUGGCCCGGGCCAUCGCCAACGAUGCACCCGAGGAGGUGACACUGGUUGGGGUCUAUGCACACUGUGGGAACACCUAUGGCUGCAGUGGGGCAGACGCCAUCCAGGCCAUCGCCAGGACCACCACCAACGCUGUCCUCGGCUUUGUGGCUGCGCUGCGUCAGGCCGGUGUUCCCUGUCCCCACGCCAGCAUCGGCUCCACUCCCUCCUGCAGCCACCCCAUUCCUGAGAUGUCCCAACUCACCGAGCUGCACCCGGGCAACUACAUCUUCUACGACCUCCAGCAAACACAGCUGGGCUCCUGCCAGCCCCAGGACGUGGCCAUCCGUGUCCUCACGAGGGUUAUUGGGCACUACGCACACCGAGGGCAGCUGCUGGUGGAUUGUGGCUGGACAGCACUCAGCCUGCACGGGGCAGGAGCAGGACGGGGCCCCCAAGGCUGUGCUGCCAUCGAUGGGCACCCCGAGCUGCGGUUGGUGGGGCUGACGCAGGAGCACGGGCUGUUGGAGCAUGCUGAUGGACGGAUGGAUUUUGGGAAGUUCCCUGUGGGCAGCGUGCUGGCGCUCAUCCCAUACCACGUGAGUGCUGUCCCCCAUCCCCUUGUCCCCAUUGUCACCCCAUGUGUCACCCUACUCUCCCCUGCAGGCGUGUGCUACGGCGGCCAUGCACCCUGUGUACUACGUGCAUGAGGAGGGACAGGUGGUGGCCCUAUGGCACCCCGUGCGUGGCUGGUAGGGCCCCAACCCACUGCCCAUAAUGAGGUCCUGCACCCACAAUGAGGUCCUAUAGCCAUAACGAGGUUCUGUGCCCACUAUGACAUCCUACACCUACACCAAGAUCCUGCAGUCACACCGAGAUCUUGCAACCCUGCUGAGAUCCUCAUGGCCAUCACGAGAUCCUGCGACCACACUGAGAUCCUGCAGCCAUGCUGACAUCCUAUGGGCAUCAUGAGGUUGUGGAGCCAUAAGGAGACCCUAUACCCAUGAUGAGAUCCUAUACCCAUGAUGAGACCCUAUACCCAUGAGUAGACCCUACACCCAUGAUGAGACCCUAUACCCAUGAUGAGAUCCUAUACCCAUGAGUAGACCCUAUACCCAUGAGUAGACCCUAUACCCAUGAUGAGACCCUACACCAUGAUGAGACCCUAUACCCAUGAUGAGAUCCUACACCCAUGAGGAGACCCUACACCCAUGAUGAGAUCCUACAUCCAUGAGGAGACCCUAUACUCAUGAUGAGAUCCUACCCAUGAGGAGAUCCUACGCCCAUGAGGAGACCCUACACCCAUGAUGAGACCCUAUACCCAUGAGGAGACCCUACACCCAUGAGGAGACCUUACACCCAUGAUGAGAUCCUACACCCAUGAUGAGAUCCUACACUCACAUCAAGAUAAUGAAACCAUACUGAGAUCCUCCGGCCCUGAUCAUGUCCUGCAUCCAUGCUGAGAUCCUGUGCCCAUCCUAAAGUCCUACACUGACACCAAGAUCCUGCACACACCUACACCAAGAUCAUGGAAUCAUAGAAUGGUUGGGGUUGGAAGGGACCCAAAGGAUCAUGGCCACAAGCAGGG